AUGAAUAAGAAGGACGGUUCAUAUUCAGUGGCUAUUAGAUAUAGUUUUGCUGCUUGUUUAUGUAAUUUGAAAAACCUCCAAGAGUUGGAUAUUAGCCAAAACAGCUUCGAGGGAUCUAUUCCUCCAUGUAUCAGCAAUUUAACAUCCCUCCGUCUCCUCAAACUUUCUGAAAAUAACCUUUCGGGAACCAUUCCUUCUGAUCUCCUUAGGCUCAAGUCCCUCGAAUACCUUUCCCUUUCUCUGAACCAUUUUGAAGGGUCCAUCUCAUUGAGUUUAUUUGCUAACAACUCCAAUCUUGAGGUUCUUGAACUUGGUAGCCUUAACAACGAGUUGCAUGUAGACACAGAAAAUACACCCUGGAAACCUCUAUUUCAGCUAAAAGUCCUACGACUAUCAAACCUCUAUCUCAAUGAUCCAAGUAGAUCUAUUCUGAGCUUUCUUUUGACUCAGCAUGAUUUAAGAGUUGUUGACCUCAGUUACAAUUCCAUGGUUGGAAAGCUUCCCACUUGGUUACUGAAAAACAAUGCAAGAUUGGAGUUCCUUAGUCUUGCACAAAACUCAUUCAUGGGUCAAUUUGUGUUGCCUUCUGAUUCUGAAAAUCUUGAUUUGAUUGUGAUCGAUGUGUCUACGAAUUAUAUUCAAGGCCCACUUCCAACAUCCAUUGGCCAUAUUCUCCCAAAUUUGAGGUAUUUGAACAUUUCUAGAAACUCAUUCAAAGGUAGUAUUCCUCAUUCAAUCGGCAACAUGAGUAAGUUAGAGUCACUGGAUCUGUCGAGCAACAAUUUUACUAGGGAAUUACCUGAACGCUUGGUUAUGGGCUGUAACGAAUUGCUUACGCUGAAGCUUUCACAGAAUAAACUGCAGGGCCAGUUAUUUCCCAAAAAAUGGAACCUCACAUCGCUCAGGUUGUUGCAUUUAGAUAAUAAUAUUUUUUCCGGACAGUUGUUACCUGGACUUCUUACAAGCUCCGACUUCAGAGUGUUGAAUCUAAGCGAUAACUCGAUCUCAGGAAAACUACCUGAUUGGAUGGGGGACUUUUCUUCCCUUUUGUUCCUUGUUGCGUCCAGGAACUUGUUCAAAGGUCCUAUACCAGUUGGCUUUUGCAGACUUGUUGAACUGAUUGUAUUAGACCUUUCAUGGAAUAGUCUUUCUGAUAAAAUACCUCAUUGUUUCAAUUUAUCAUCACUAAUUUAUUUAAGCCUUCACAAAAAUGAAUUGUCAGGACCUUUGCCAGGAGCUCUUUAUAGAUCAUCUUCCCUUGUGACAUUGGAUAUUGGGGAUAAUAAACUAUCAGGGGAAAUUCCAAGGUGGAUCAACCUACUCCCAAAUUUGAGGUUUCUUUUAUUAAAUAGAAACAAUUUUGUAGGUUCCAUUCCUUUUCAGCUAUGUCAGCUUCACAACAUCAGCAUACUGGAUCUUUCUUUCAAUAACAUUUCUGGUCUAAUACCUUCAUGUUUGACUGAUAUACCAUUUGGUCGUAGAAAAGCACAUGAUCAAACCUUCAAAAAUUUCUCAGUGGAAAACAACAAUUUAUCAGGACGUGCACCAGAUAGGAAGGCUCAGUUUGCAACAUUUGAUGCUAGAAGCUAUGAAGGCAAUCCUUUUCUUUGUGGAUUACCUCUCCAGGAAAAUUGCGGAAGGAGCACAGGCGCAGUAUCAAAUCCGAAUCCAGGAGAUCCAGGAGAAACUGAUGAUCUGUUCAAAGAUUCAUUUUUUCAGACUUUUGUUCCAUCAUGCGUUGUAGCAUUCCUGGGAGUUGCUGCUUUUAUCUACUUCAGCUUUACUUGCAGAAUGAUUUUUCAGUUUAUUGAAGCAAAACUCUUAUCUUCCAGAUAG